AUGCCAUUAAACAUCAUCCUCAUCGGCGCCGGCCUCAUCGGUCCCCGCCACGCCGACUCCGUCGUCCGCCAUCCCUCGACCACGCUCCUCGCCCUAAUCGACCCCUCCCCCAGCGCCCCCACCACCGCCUCAACCCUAAACACACUCUACUUCCCCUCCCUCCCGGCUCUCCUCUCCACCCCGGACAUUCCCCACCCGGACGCCGCAAUAAUCUGCACCCCGAAUCACACCCACGUGAGUAUCGCCAUCGCGUGCCUCGAAGCGGGAAUACACGUCCUGCUUGAGAAGCCGGUGAGUGAGUGUGUUGAGACGGGACUUCCCCUACUUCGUGCUGUGAGACAGUAUCCGGGGGUGAAGGUGUUGAUUGGACAUCAUCGCCGGUUUAAUCCGUACAUUACCAAAACGAAAGAGAUUCUAGACUCUGGGGUUUUGGGGAUGAUUAUUGCGAUCUCGGGACUCUGGACGAUCUAUAAACCAGAUGAGUAUUUCGCUCCGCCGACGGAGUGGAGACGGGAGAAGGGACGGGGUGGAGUAUUGGGGAUCAAUUUCAUCCAUGAUGUCGAUUUGAUGCAUUAUUUGUUGGGACCGAUUACGAGAGUAUAUGGUGAGAAGACGAUGAUGCAGCGGGGAGGGGAGGAUAAGAGCCAUACGGCGGAGGAAGGGGCGGCGAUUACGUUGCGGUUUAAGAGUGGGGUGGUGGGUACGUUUGUGGUGUGUGAUGGGGUGGUGGCGCCGUGGAGUUUUGAGGUCGGGACGGGGGAGAAUCCGUUGAUUCCGAUGGUCGAGGGGGAUGGGGAUGGGGAAGGGGGGUUUUAUCGGGUGUUGGGGACGAGAGGGGCGUUGAGUGUGCCGGAUUUGAAGACGUGGAGGUAUGAGGGGGAGAGGAGUUGGAGGGAGAAGUUGAAGGUGGAGGAGUAUAUUGGGGAGGUGGAUCGGGAGGGAGUGCCGUUUGAUUUGCAACUAGGGCAUUUUGUCGAUGUCAUUGAGGGGAGGGAGAGUGUGGCGAGGUGUGAUGCCGUCGAGGGGUUACGGGCGUUGGUGGUGGUGGAUGCGGUGAAGAGGGCGUUGGAGGGGGAGACGGUCGUCGAGGUGGUGGAUGUGGAAGAGUUGGUGCAGUGA